AUGUCUGAAGAAAAUGGCGGAAAAGAUCUUCCCAAAUUAGUGGUUUUCGAUUUAGGUAAGUUUAUAUUGUGAUAUUUUUUAAAAACGACUUUCAAAACAGUUUUUCCAAGACUCCACAAUCAUAUAAACGCAGUGGAAGUCCCAAUAAAAUCGUCAAAGCAAAAUCCAACGAUAUGAAAACAUGAAGCUGUCGGAAGACCUGACAAGAUUUGUUUGCAACCGGUUAGGAAAACAAUACACAAACUAGCAGUAACCGAUGGUUAGGAAGUGCGGGCGAACAUGUGCAUUUACCUUACAGAUGUAAAUGAUGAGAACCGCUUUCAAAAUCGUGUACAUACUACAUGAAUCAGAGAAAGCCCUUUUAGUUCCAGUGUUAACAAAGGGAAUCUCGGCGGAUCAUGAGAGUAGAAACUGAAUUGAACAACACAGUAAACAAGACUCAUACUUAAUUCAACAAUUUUAUUCACAGUUGCUCAUAUACAAUCAGCCUGCGAAUGGUGAGGAGCGAGGGGAGACCGGUGUGCGACAAACACAGACUGCAGACUCACAGACUGGCAGAUAAAGGUUGUAAACACUGUGAACUGCUUUAACAGAUUCCUUACCCCUAAACUUUAAAGAAGUCUUCUAAAAGUCUAGUUUAGGGAUAGGAACUCUGUUAGAGCAUUUCACAACAACGUUUACCUCAUUUACCCGCCCUUCUGCAAGACUUCAAUCUUCGUUUGUUGCACACCAAGGAGAGACAGCUGUAUUUGCAGGCAAAGAUACAAUGAAAACUGUAAUGUGUGACAUAACAACGCUCAUCCUGAAAUAUAUAGGGCUUGGCGCACGCUACUGGUGUACACGAGCGUAACACCGUGCCUUACGCACGAUUCGCGCUCAAGAAAAGGCACGGUUUUUGUGCCAAAGCACGGGAAAAAAAACAUGCAAAGGCACAGAUUAGGCACACUUUAGGCACAGUUAAGGCACGUUUUAAAUAUUGCUAAGGCACACUUUAGGCACAGUUUGGGCACAGUUUUGGCACGGUUUAGGCACGGUUUAGGCACAAAUAUUCAACGCUGGGCACUUUUUUGAAAAUCUUUGUAACCCGACUUGCAAAAAAGAACAAACUUGGUACGAAUUACAAAAAUAAUUCAGAUCAAACAUGAUACAGUUAGAAGUAUAGGAAGUGUAAGUUUUGAGCCACGCCGAAAGUCUGGAAAAUUAAAGUAUUCUUCGACAGUCCGUGUUUACUCCGCAGAUAAAGUGGAAAUUCAGACGCGAUAUAUGCCGGUCUGAACCUUUUCGAUUGCCAUGCAAUUUUAUAGACUCGCUUUCUUUCAUUUCUAAAAGAAAUCUUGAAAGAAAGUCGAAGCCAUAAUAACAAAAACAAAGCUAAAGAAGUGAGGCACAAAAAUAGCCAAUAAAAGUCGUAGAAAAUACUUUUUGUGAUCGCGGUAAAAUUGGCCUGAAUUUGCAUAACAACAUGAAAAGUACAAAGUGGUAAUUUGAAACCUUCAUGCCAACACGUGUUGUUUUUUAAAUACAAAAUGCGGCUGCUUUUUAAAAAUAUUUCUCUAACUAAAAAAGUAGGAUUUACACUGUAGUAAAAUAAUUCAAGCUGCUUGUUUGUUUUUGUUUUCUGGCUCUGUUAGCAAAUUAAGCUUUGGUCGUAUAAUAAUCAAUGAGACGUGCCAUUUAUUUCAAAACUCAUCGGCGUGCAAUCAAUUUUUUCGUUUUCAUUUUAUAAGUUAUAUCACAAGUAAAUUCUUUUUUUGAAUGCAAAUCUGCCCUCCUGAAAAAAACAAAUAUUUCGUUCCAACUAAACGCUCCAUUAAGAGGGGGAGAAGAAACCUACUUGGAAAUUUUUCAGCAUCAAUGAAAUUAGCACAAUAUCAACAAUGUAAUUGAGCUGAGCACUUACUUUAAAUACGCUAACCUGUUUAAGAUUCCAUUUUCCUGUUUGUCGGGGCUUUCCCUGCUGUCUCUAACCGUAUUCUGAGUCGUCAGACCGUGUUUCUAGACUUUCUUAAACCUCAAAACUGACAUAAUUGCCGUGCGCCCUUUUCGUUCGCUGUGGAGCUCGAUAGGCUGGACACGAUUUUCCAAGUGACUCAAUAUUUUGGCACAACUUGUGCACAGAUUAGGCACAGUUUGGGCACAACUUAGGCACGGCUUAGGCACGUUUUUCAAAACUAAAAUGCACACUUUAUGCACAUCUUAGGCACAUUUUAGGCACAAAAUCUUUAUGCCAAAGCACACUCUAGAAUCCGAUUUUCGGUCCAACGCACGGUUUACGAAUUUUCACGUUAAAAAAUGCUGUCUAACCUUACAUAUUUGAUCUUAGCGUAAAAAUGGGUUUCCCGAAGUCUUAACAGUUAGUCUAUAAGGAAAAUUUAACUUAUGAGCAUUCCAAAAAUUAUUAUUUCUUCUCUUAACAACAACAGAAAGUCAAUGAAAAGCAAUCUUUUAAAUUGACGUUCGCGCUGCACAGAGAUCGUAUGUAGACAGAACAUCUUUCUGAAAAUGCCCUAAACUUUGUUGUUUUGCCAUUAUGUUCAGUAAUUUUUAAUACAGUUAGUACUCAUAAGUCACUGACCUCUUCGGAGAAAUUUUUCCAAAGUACCAUUAACAGAAACAGAGAAAUCCCACAAUAUGCGUGGUUAGACUGUAAAUGUUACGCGAGCUGUUAAAAAAUGGUCCCAUUUUGAGCCAUAUUUUUCAUAUUUCAAUUUUAUUUUGGUCUUACAGCCAGAAAAAAAAUAUUCAAUGAAAAGCUGUUUAUAAACUUUAACUUCUUGCCAAAUAUCGAUGCGAUCUGAGUUUUAAUAAGUUCAUAAGAGCCAAACGAUGUGAGAUUCUUAGCCGUGUACACCAGUAGCAUGCGCCAGGCCAGUCAUGACCCCACAAAGUCUUAUUAUUCAAUCGGUUAUUCAAUCCGUGUUCAAUGACCAAAGGCCAUAGAGAUGCAAUAGAAAAUAAUGAAAAAGCUUCGUUUACCACUGAAGUUUAAAGCUUAUUGAAGCUUUCAGAUGACAAGCUACUUAACAUGCUUGUAAACGUAUUUAAAAAAUAAAAACUACGCCCUGAAGUGUAGCCUGAAUUAACUUAAUUUAGAUGGAUUUCUAGACUUUGCAAACACUCCUAUCUUACCGAAGACUCAUUCCGUACUAAGCUGUUAUAAGGCUCUACUUAAUGCAAAGCUAAAUUGUGAAAUGUAAACUUUAGUUUAUGAAACCUUUCAGAUGACAUAGCUUCACACUACCCUCUGCAAGCUGAUAAACAUGCUUUGCACCACUAUAGUGACAAAAUAUGAGAGAAAUGGAUAAUACGUUUACCUUGAUUUAACUUGAUUAUACAGUAGAACCGUGCCUUACAGCUACCUCGAUAAUACGGUCACCUCAUUAUUAUGGCCAGUUUUUUUGGCGCUGCAAAACAACCAUACAUUUUCUUACAAAAAAACGAUUAUGCAGUCACCCGUUAAUACGCAACGGCCAUGUUUUAAAAUCCCAAACAGUAGAAUCCCUUAUAAUUUCACCCCGUUAAUGCAGCCACUCGGUUGAAAUUUAGAAAGUUAAAGUGCCCGUGACAUGUCGAUUUUAUUGAUCUAGUAAUCUAAGCUUAUUCUUGUACUGUUUUUAGAGUACAGUACGCUUAAAAUGCACUUGUGGCAAUUUACAGCCAAAUUUUAAAUGAGUUUCAUGUACUGAAGGAAAAUUUUAAGAAGGUUUUUCAAUAAAAUCUCUGUAUGUGCGAUGUACAGUCUAUUCCUGGUGUAUUUGUAACUGCGACCCUUAAGUCAUGAAAUUUGAGCCUACGAUGGUAAUACAGCCACCCCGUUAGAACCCUGCCUUACAGCCACCUCAAUAAUAUGGUCACCUCAUUAUUAUGGCCAGUUUUUUUUGGCGCUGCAAAACGACCAUACAUUUUCUUAUUACAAAAUUUAACGUUUAUGCGGUCACCCAUUAAUACGGCCAACAGCCAUGUUUUAAAAUCCCAAACAGUAGAAUCCCUUAUAAUUUCACCCCGUUAACGCAGCUUCUCGACUGAAAUUUAGAAAGUCAAAGUGCCUGUGACAUGGCGAUUUUAUUGAUCUAGUAACCUAAGCUUAUUCUGGUACUGUUUUCAGAAUACAGUACACUUAAAAUGCACUUGUGGUGAUUUACAGCCAAAUGUUAAAUGAGUUUCAUGUACUGAAGGACCGUACGAGCGAUGUACAGUGUAUUCAUGGUGUAUUUGUAAUUACGGCCCUUAAGUCACGAAAUUUGAGCCUAUGCUCGUAAUACAGCCACCCCGUUAAUACAGCCAAUUUUUUUUUUGGCAAAUUGGUGACCGUAUUAAUGGGGUUCUGCUGUAUACUGAAAAUCAAUUCGGAGCUUACUUUUCCAAAAAUUUCUCUUUCUCGACUUUCUUCUUGUUAGUGUUCCCCAACUUCUCAGAGUGCAACGAGAAAUGCAGCAUCAGCGCCUUGGAAAACGUUGAUGAUGCAGUCACGUGCAGAUUUGUGUACUAUUCACGCUAGCAUGGACCUUGCACUCAACACCAGGGCCUUUAUGGCCAAUUAUCAGCCACGUACCAAUGCAUAUUAGUUGGAAGAACAAAGGCAUCCCAAGAAUGUGGACAGAUUUUGCAAAAACCCCACUAUACACCAAAAAAAGUGCCACUGACCACCCCACCAAGGCAAGCCUUUUGGUUCUUCCGCAACAAAGUUAACAAUGGAACUUAGCCAAAAAGCAAAAGAGCUGCGACCUAUAGGGGUCCAAUUCAAUAAUUAUUACUAGAGGUUCUGAAGAGCUGCAAGUCUACUGGAAACUAUGAAGUUCCAGGAUUUUACACUAUUUCCUUGACUAUCAAAAUUUAUCAAAAUUUUUAUUUUAUUUUAAUGAACAGAUUUUACCCUAUGGCCUUUUUGGGCAGAUACUCAUGUGACAGCGCCAUUUUCAAGAAAAAGGUUGGUAUAUUGUUAUUUGUAAUGAACAUAAGCAAAUAUUUGUUAGAGUGCCUGUGGCCACACUUAGCAAGUUAACCAGGUUAGUUUUGAAUAACCUGGUUAAAAUUUCUUCAUCUUAAGUUCAGGCAAGAAACGGGUGUGUGAGGCUCAUAGUUUUGUGCACGUGAGACUCUUAAGCUACGCUUAACUAAUAUUUUGCUGACUAAAAGAGUUAUAACCAGCUUAAUUUUUUGAUGGGCUGGACUUGUGUUGCAUGGUUAUGUUUUGUUGCUUGCUUAGGUUUAUCAUAAUAUUCACUUGUGUACUCACCUCAGAGUAACCAAUAAUAUUUUUCCUGUAUAAAAAUUAACUGAUAAAAAGAGAUCAAGUUGGUGCUCAUCUAGAAUUAAAUGGCAAGGAUCACGCACAAUAACGUUUCACAGUGACAGAAAUCAUUGCCACUGCAAGAUCAAAAGCACAUGGUUGCAAGUUAUGUACGGCAUGUACUGUAGACUCAGAGGUAGCAGAGCAUUUUGAAAACCAUCCACAUAUCCCCACUCAAAUUUUCCAAAAUGACCUUUGGCUUGUUUGUUGGCACAGGCAAAUCUCUUUGCAAUCUUGACAGUGUCUAGUCUCCAUAUUUGAUUUUUAACAAUGCAUCAGUAGGCAGUUGUUCAGACAGUCCUGCUUCAUCAUGUUUCUUACUAGGUAGUUGUUGAGUCAUCUUGGGGCAGAAUUUUAUGCUCAAUGUCACAUGUAAUGGCAAAUACAUCCACUACAGUUUGUGGACCUCUCCUAACAGUGUUUCUCAGCACAUAGCCCACCAUGCCCCCCACCCUCCCCUGCUCUGCUGCCUAUGAGACUACCGGUAUACUGUCUAGAGCCCUGCAAAACCCUGAGCAAGUAACUCAUGUCACAAUGUUUUCACUGACUAUAUUUUUGUAACUAGGAGUAAUCUCAGAUUAGGAAGUGCGUUCGAGCUCUUUUAGUUUUACUGUCAAAUGUGACGUUAUUUCCUAAUAAAUUGAUGCUGCAAAAUGCUUCCAAUAUGUUUUUUAAAAAAGAAACAAAACAAAACAAAACGACUACGGAAAAAAGAAAAAAUCUCACCCAGCGGGAGUUGAACCCAAAACCAUUGACAUGUGAGGGCAAUGCAUUAUCCAUUGCGCCACGCAACCAUUGCUAAAACCAUACGUCAAAUCAAUUGUAUUUAACAUUUUUGUCCCCACGAGAUAAAUUAUUCAAGAUGGCGCAGAAAAUACAGACGUACGACGAAAUGAGUACCACAAAAGGUCACCCUUGAGCACCACAGGAGACCCAAUUGAGUACCACAGGAGUCCCAAGAUUAUGUGUUGCGUUCUCCUAAUGUCCAACGCAAUAAUUUUAACCAUUUUGGGGCAGCUUUAGAAUAUCUUCCAAGUCCCUCAAACUAGUCAGCAAAACCAACUGACCUUUUAAUGACAUUUACUUUUCCUUUUUCAUGUUUUAUACUUUAAAUAUGCUCAUAGACAAAGUGGAGCUUCCUUUUGCAGGAGAAAAAGUGCUCUAAAAUGUAUCUAAAAAUAAACUGGUCCACAAAAUUGUAGCCCGCAAACAGGCUCCCAUUUGGAGCAAGAUGAAAAGGAAAAUUGGCAGGGGGAGACUGGGAAGCUAUUAGACUACAUUUUGAUGCCAUUCAUCCAUCCACUUGCUUUUUAUUAUCCUGUUACGUGUAUGUCAAUAACAUGUCAAUAAGGUAAUUUGACCUGUUAAAUUAUGUUGUUUUUUUGUGCUUGAAUGCAUCAGCUUCAAUAACAUUCACACGUACUUGGGUAUUUUUGAUCGCUCACUUAUCAACAGGAACAAUCUGACCAAUCAGAUGGGGAGCAUCAAAACAAACCCUGUAGGCUUACCUGCCUUUUUUCUCCCCCAGGCCACACUUGGCUGGCUUUGCCUGGCCGCUUUGGUCUUUUUCUCCCUGCUCCACCUGGGAGCCAGUUCCCAGGCCAAUAAGUGCUGUGAUGUAGGCCUAGCAGAGGAGUUACUUACUCUGGGUUAUUGGCCUGUGCUACAUUUUUAAGUCAAUGCUAGAUGAAGUCAACUUGACUACCGGAGUUGAGUGUAAUUGUACCUUUAGUACAUAGUUUGGAUUCUAUAUAGCUAGAUUUCCUCUUAGUAUUAUUGAUUUUCGUUUAUUUUUUAUUUUUUAUUUUUAUAUCUUUGUAUAUUUUAUUUUAUUUUAUUUAUUUAUUUUAUAUUAUUAGUAGUAUUUAAAGUUUUGUCCAUUUAUAGUAAUUUGGCGCGUUCACAUUUAAACGAGUCUUGCACUCAUCCGUGUAAUGUGGAUAAAUAAAAUUCUGACCUACCUACCUACUUUUCUAUUCCCUGACAAGUACCCAGUUUGUUGCAGUAUUGUUUAUAAUUCUCUCUAACAUUAUUGUCAGUUCUGAUUAAGUAAACCCUGAUAGCUGAUCACUUUCUUUUUGUUGUAGCAAUGGUUCUGUAGAAGAUAGACAUGGAUACAAGAUAAAGCUGUAUGAUGAUACACUUGAAAUCUUAAGACUUCUGAAGUCACAAGGAAUAUGCUUAGCAGCAGCCUCUCGGUGAGUCAAUAAUGGACAAAAAAGAAAUUUGAAACACACUUACGGUAAUUUGUUGAGUCUAUUGGGGACCCAGAACAAGAAUUUAGGCACUACUUCACAGACAUUACUAACCAAGAUUAGAUUACAUCUGCAAUGCAGGCUACCUAGUAUCUAAACAAUGCCUACCUCAACCGUUUCUUUCUUGAUCUCUCUCCUCCACAGAGGCUCCCGCUGGGUAUCCCUAUAAAAAUAGCAAUAAUCGAAAAAAUAGAAAGGGCUCGGGGCUUUCCUGCGCGCGUUCUUUUUCUUUCUUCCCAGCCUCCCCACAACACAAAGAGGCCUCUGCAUAGAAGAGAGUUUCUUCAUAGUGACCAACAAAAAACUCAGCAAAAAGUUCAAAAUUUCAUUUUCUAAAAUCAUAACAAACAAACAGUACUAUUCAAAUGUAUUGCCAAAGAGGUUUCAUUAGAAUGCAAACACCAUAGGAUUUCAUCCACAGACUCAAAAGUUAGAACUACACACUGAAUAAAUAGUAUCAUGUGAAAGUACUGCUGAAGAGGUUUCAUUUGAAUGGUAACACCAUAGGAUUUCAUCCACAUACUCAAAAGUUAGACAUAUGAAAGUACUGCUGAAGAGGUUUCAUUAGAAUGGUAACACCAUAGGAUUACAUCCACAGACUCAAAAGUUAGAACUACACACUGAAUAAAUAGUAUGAUGUGAAAGUACUGCUGAAGAGGUUUCAUUUGAAUGGUAACACCAUAGGAUUUCAUCCACAUACUCAAAAGUUAGACAUAUGAAAGUACUGCUGAAGAGGUUUCAUUAGAAUGGUAACACCAUAGGAUUACAUCCACAGACUCAAAAGUUAGAACUACACACUGAAUAAAUAGUAUCAUGUGAAAGUACUGCUGAAGAGGUUUCAUUUGAAUGGUAACACCAUAGGAUUUCAUCCACAUACUCAAAAGUUAGACAUAUGAAAGUACUGCUGAAGAGGUUUCAUUAGAAUGGUAACACCAUAGGAUUACAUCCACAGACUCAAAAGUUAGAACUACACACUGAAUAAAUAGUAUCAUGUGAAAGUACUGCUGAAGAGGUUUCAUUUGAAUGGUAACACCAUAGGAUUACAUCCACAGACUCAAAAGUUAGAACUACACACUGAAUAAAUAGUAUCGUGUGAAAGUACUGCUGAAGAGGUUUCAUUUGAAUGGUAACACCAUAGGAUUUCAUCCACAUACUCAAAAGUUAGACAUAUGAAAGUACUGCUGAAGAGGUUUCAUUAGAAUGGUAACACCAUAGGAUUACAUCCACAGACUCAAAAGUUAGAACUACACACUGAAUAAAUAGUAUCGUGUGAAAGUACUGCUGAAGAGGUUUCAUUUGAAUGGUAACACCAUAGGAUUACAUCCACAGACUCAAAAGUUAGAACUACACACUGAAUAAAUAGUAUCAUGUGAAAGUACUGCUGAAGAGGUUUCAUUUGAAUGGUAACCCCAUAGGAUUACAUCCACAGACUCGAACGUUAGAACUACACACUGAAUAAAUAGUAUCAUGUGAAAGUACUGCUGAAGAGGUUUCAUUUGAAUGGUAACACCAUAGGAUUUCAUCCACAGACUCAAAAGUUAGACAUAUGAAAGUACUGCUGAAGAGGUUUCAUUAGAAUGGUAACACCAUAGGAUUACAUCCACAGACUCAAAAGUUAGAACUACACACUGAAUAAAUAGUAUCAUGUGAAAGUACUGCUGAAGAGGUUUCAUUUGAAUGGUAACACCAUAGGAUUACAUCCACAGACUCAAAAGUUAGAACUACACACUGAAUAAAUAGUAUCGUGUGAAAGUACUGCUGAAGAGGUUUCAUUUGAAUGGUAACACCAUAGGAUUUCAUCCACAUACUCAAAAGUUAGACAUAUGAAAGUACUGCUGAAGAGGUUUCAUUAGAAUGGUAACACCAUAGGAUUACAUCCACAGACUCAAAAGUUAGAACUACACACUGAAUAAAUAGUAUCAUAUGAAAGUACUGCUGAAGAGGUUUCAUUUGAAUGGUAACACCAUAGGAUUACAUCCACAGACUCAAAAGUUAGAACUACACACUGAAUAAAUAGUAUCAUGUGAAAGUACUGCUGAAGAGGUUUCAUUUGAAUGGUAACACCAUAGGAUUACAUCCACAGACUCAAAAGUUAGAACUACACACUGAAUAAAUAGUAUCGUGUGAAAGUACUGCUGAAGAGGUUUCAUUUGAAUGGUAACACCAUAGGAUUACAUCCACAGACUCAAAAGUUAGAACUACACACUGAAUAAAUAGUAUCGUGUGAAAGUACUGCUGAAGAGGUUUCAUUUGAAUGGUAACACCAUAGGAUUUCAUCCACAGACUCAAACGUUAGAACUACACACUGUAUAAAUAGUAUCAUGUGAAAGUACUGCUGAAGAGGUUUCAUUUGAAUGGUAACACCAUAAGAUUACAUCCACAGACUCAAAAGUUAGAACUACACACUGAAUAAAAAGUAUCAUGUGAAAGUACUGCUGAAGAGGUUUCAUUUGAAUGGUAACACCAUAGGAUUUCAUCCACAGACUCAAAAGUUAGAACUACACACUGAAUAAAUAGUAUCAUAUGAAAGUACUGCUGAAGAGGUUUCAUUUGAAUGGUAACACCAUAGGAUUACAUCCACAGACUCAAAAGUUAGAACUACACACUGAAUAAAUAGUACCAUGUGAAAGCAUUGCUGAAGAGGUUUCAUUUGAAUGGUAACACCAGAGGAAUCCAUCCACAGACUCAAAAGUUAGAACUGCAUACUAAAUAAAUAGUACCAUGUGAAAGCAUUGCUGAAGAGGUUUCAUUUGAAUGGUAGCAUCAUAUUAGGAUUUCAUCCACAGACUCGCAAAAGUUAGAACUACAUACUAAAUAAAUAGUACCAUGUGAAAGCAUUGCUGAAGAGGUUUCAUUUGAAUGGUAGCAUCAUAUUAGGAUUUCAUCCACAGACUCGAAAGUUAGAACUACAUACUAAAUAAAUAGUACCAUGUGAAAGUACUACUGAAGAGGUUUCAUUUGAAUGGUAACACCAUAGGAUUUCUUCCACCAAUUCAAAAGUUAGAGUAGGAGGGAAAUGGAUAAACAAGAUUAUUACAAGGCAUGAGGCCUGGUGGAGACUAGCAGCAGAUUUGUAUAUUUAAAAUAACCCACGUAUAAACACAUCAAGGCGCUGAUUGUUAUGAACUGUUGUUUAAUUAAGUUACACUUCAUUUAGAUGCAGCUCCCAACUAUGUGUUCGAGAAUAUUAUCCGUAACAGACUAGCCCAAAGAAAGUGCACAAUCUCUAAGCAUUUGGGUCCCAUUUUGUCCAAUGUUGUGAUAGUUUUCUUGUUUUUAAUGUGUGUUUAAUAUUAAAUAUUGAAACACAAAAUUUAAUUAAAAACAAGAAAAUUUUAUUUUAACUCUAGCUUAGUGCUAAACAACACUCUGGAAACUGAGCCUUGGUAUAGAAGAUAGUUAUUUUAUGAACCUUGCACUUAUUCCUUAAAGGAAGGCCCCGUCCACACUAAUGUGUUUUUGUUUGAAAAUGCUUACAUUUCGAUAAGCUUAGGCCUUCUGUCCACACUAAUAUGCUGAGUGUUUUCAUUGAUAAUGCAUCAGUUUGAAAAAUGCACCUGAGAAGUGAGCAAAACGAAUUCACAUAUGUAUUGUAUGAGUGUGGAUGUUCGAAAAUAGUCAAAAACGCAUUAAAAUGAAAAGCAUGACCAAAAAAUAUCGCAGGCGUGUGUGUUUGUAGCAUGGUCUUUGAAUUCAACUUAUGUCACAACGCACAACUCUAUCAUUUUCAAACAUUAAAGUGUGGACAGUCAAAGAUGUAUGAUCAAAACAGUAGUGUGGAUGCGAACUGAUUGAUGCGUUUUCAAUGACAACAAAAACGCAUACUUUUGAAAAUGCACCAGUGUAGACAGCCCCCGACCCCCGGGGGGGUACUUUAGGAAUUUCUGGGUAGGGAUGUGCCGCUGGGACCCUGGAACCCUUAACCUACCAGAGCUAGUUCAGCUGAAUUUUGCUACCCUAUACUAGAGUUAACUCCUCAAAUCCCCCCUAUCCAAGAGUAGCUGUCUCCCUAGUCUAGAUAAAAACUUCAACCAACUGAUCAGUUUCCUGAAAAAUGAUACCCUAUUCUAGACCCAAACGCUCUGAUUUAUAUACCCUAUCCUAGAGUAAACUGCUUGAAAACCAUACCCUUCACAGUGGCACAUACCUAUAUAGCCAAUAUAUGGCAGUACCCCCCCGGGCCCCGACCUAAGAUUAGAGUGGCUGAAAAUGUAAACGCACUGUAAGAUGUUUGACCUUGUGGUGUCUUACUUUAGAACCGAGGAUCCUCCGGCAGCCAAGGAACUAUUGAAAGUCCUAAAUAUAGACUGGUAUUUUUCAUACAAAGAAAUCUAUCCUGGUUCAAAGGUUACACAUUUUAAAAAGUGAGUGAAUGUUGACAUAGUCCCUGCAAGAAGUGUUUAGUUUACAAUAGUACAUUGUUUAUUUGUUUAUUUAUUGUUUUACAUUGGUUAUUUUAAGCUGAUGCAGUACAUGUGUAUCAUUUCUUUGUAUCCCCUUUAGCAUUCUGGGUGACCUUUGAUGAAAAUGUCUACUCCCUUGCACAUAAACAAAAACUAUUUCAUAGGGAAAAAAGAGGUUAUUUAAGUCAACAGCUCAUCUCCCAUCAUUUAAAAUGUGCUGUGCUUUAGAGUUUUUAGACGGUACAUUGGAAGUUGUUUUUGAGCAGUGCAUGUCAACCAGAAGUGAGGCCUUAACGUAAACAAAUUUAAUGUAUUGCUUAAUACCCUGAUAGAGACAAUUUGUCCGAAAAUUUGGGCACAACCACUGACCAAGAAUGCAAAAAGUCCCCUUCUGGUUGUCGUUCGUCAUUUAAAAAUGCCUUUACUUAAACUUUGCCUUUUCACCAACCCAACUUCCUUUUAUGGUGUCUCACUUUUUAAUGAGUUAUUGUGUUGCCAUCAAAAAUAAGUAAAUGGAUGCAAUCCCAUGGGGGGGGUUACUUCUUAUGAUGGCCCAUACGGGAAGGCUCCGCUAGUUGAAGCAUAUAAAAGGGUCGGGAAAUCUGUCAUUUGGGUCUGUGAAAGAGUCCAAAAGGGUUAACAGAUGAAUUUUAUGGCUUUAUAAAGUCGAGAAAACGUUCUAUUUUUAUGAUUGAUUCCUUUGGAUGCCAAGAUAUAAACAAGGGGUACCAUUUGUCAAUAGAAGGUAUACGAAAGGGGAACGUUUUUCGUGAAAAAUGGUACAUAAAAGGGUAAGGGGUUGGACCUCGGGACAGAGCCUUCCCGUAUAAGCAUUUGUUGAGUACCGACCCCCGAGGAUGCAUGGAAUAAUCUACUAACCUGAUAUGUUAUUGCUGAUAAGUUUAUACUUCCUUUGAAAUUUGUUUGUGUUUUAGAUUUACCCAGGCUAGUGGAGUACCUUACUCAAAUAUGUUAUUCUUUGACGAUGAACAGAGAAAUAUUCAUGAGAUCAGCAGACUAGGUAAGAAUCCAGUUUAUCGCCACUGCUUGGAAUAAAGAGGCUUUUAUAACUGUGUUCUCAUCACCACUGUCAUGACCAUAAUAGCCUGUUCAUCGUCGAGCGCGCGUAUGAAAACAAAAACCGCGGGAGAUUUAUUGACCUUAAGCGCAAGGUGGUGGGGAAAACAGAAAAUAGACAAUUUUCUUGCGCUUCGCGCUCGUUCUCGCACCUCGCGCACUGUCGAAUUUUCGAGGAAAAACAGAGAAAAACGUCUACAAGCUACGUUAACUCGAGCCCGGUGCAAGUCUGUAAAUGCGUACGAAUUUGUGCUUUUGCAUUUUUUAUACGUGAAAAAGUGAUGUGGCUUAAGAGCUGGUCGCAAGUGGAGGUUCGUCUGUUCGACUGUAUUACAAAAUGAUGACUUAUUGUUGCUUCUUCUAGGUGUUACUUGUGUUUUAGUAAGACGAGGAAUGAAUCUCGCUGCCCUACAAAGUGGACUAAAAGAGUAUGCUGAAAAGCAGCGUAGGUGA